GCAGGACGUCGAAAUGAAAUUGAGGAUUUUCCUAGCUUAACUAGCAAAUUGAAAGGAAUGAAUUAGUGAAGAUUGCUUGUAUUUUGUUUAAGAAACUGUUCUAACAGUUUCAUGAGAUUUCGGAUAAUUGCUUUACUAACGUAGUGAGGUAUUUCCUGCUAUCUUGUGAAUUUCCAACGUCUUCGUUUGACAGAUUGUCGGUGUGUGUAUGCGUUCGUUCCACGUGAAUUCUUUGUUUGGGCACCGGUCAUGUUUCUGACAAGCAUUGAAAUUGUGAGGUGGUAGCAGUACCCUGGUAUAUGUGUUGGUGAGGAUGUUUGAGGAAAUUGAUUGGCAUCAAGGACGGUUCGCGGUUUUUUCUACUACAAGAUCAAACAGCAUGGACGAAUUGAAUGACACCGUUUCACUGCUAUACUCGGAGAAAAAAGUAAAAAGGGUGGCCCUCCGUCGGUGAUGGCGGGGAAAGAUGGGAAGGUGGAGCCAAAAAGCGGAGACGUGGUGAGACAGGGGUUCAUGGUGAAACGUUCUCAAAAUAAGAAACGUUUCACUCCCGUCAACUACAAACAACGCUGGUUCGUUCUGACCAGACGCUACCUCGUCUAUUACGACGGCGAUGGAGAGCGACGCAAGGAACGAGGUAGAAUCGCGGUCGAGAGCGUGCACGUGGUUGAAACGGCGAGCCUCGGGAGCAACGCCGGCGGCGGCGGCGGCGGCGUCGGUAGCGUCGGCGGCGUCGGCGGUGUCGGCAGCGACGUGGCAGGUAGCGAAGCAGGAACAGGUGGUGGAGGCGGCGGUGGCGGCGGCGGCGGUGGCGGAGGUGGUGGAAUACCACCUGGGCUACCCUUCCAGGUGGGCUAUCGAGAAGCCGGCCAAGAGUACACGCUCUACCUCCUCGCCGCCCGCGAGCAGGACCGCGCUGAGUGGAUUCGUGCCAUCCGUGCUGUGUGCAGCGAGAAUCCGGGCUUGAGCGGUCGUUACCACGCCGGCUUGUGGAGUGGAAAGCGUUGGUCCUGCUGCCGCUUGUCGACACGUUCCGCAGAGGGUUGCGAUACUUGCAGCUCCUGGUCCUCUAACUCUAAACCGUUCAACGCAACGACCUCCGCUUCGAGCUUCACCUCCGCCACCGGAAGUACCAUCGCUACCUCCACUACUGCCGCUAUAACCGAUCGACCACAGACGACCAACUCCGAGGCCAACAACAAUCCCAUCGUUCACUCGCAGGCUCGUUCCACGAUCGGGACCCCCUCGACUCCAAUAAUGCCAGGGGGCACACCUGGCACCCCGUCAUCAAAAACGAAGGAUAAAAUAAUGAUGAGGACGAAGGUGGUGGUAGCUCUGUACCCUUUUCGAGCGAUCGAAGGAGGCGAUCUGUCCCUCGAAAAGGGUGCAGAGUACGAAGUGCUAGAUGAUUCCCAAGAACAUUGGUGGAAAGUGAAAGACGAACAUGGAUCUAUCGGUUACAUUCCCAGCAACUACGUGAAAGAGAAAGAACUUUUGGGCCUUCAAAAAUACGAGUGGUAUGUAGGUGAUAUGUCGAGGCAACGCGCAGAAUCAUUGCUCAAACAAGAAGACAAAGAAGGAUGUUUUGUUGUUCGUAAUUCCUCUACCAAAGGGCUUUACACGCUUUCACUCUACACUAAAGUCCCGCAUCCGCACGUGAAACACUAUCAUAUCAAGCAGAAUACAAGAGGAGAAUUUUAUUUGUCCGAGAAACAUUGUUGCGGUUCGAUACCGGAUUUGGUCAAUUAUCACAGGCACAAUAGCGGUGGUUUGGCCAGUCGAUUGAAAACUAGCCCUUGUGAUCGUCCUGUACCACCUACCGCUGGUCUCAGUCAUGAUAAAUGGGAAAUUGAUCCAGCAGAGUUACAUCUAUUGGAAGAACUUGGUUCUGGACAAUUUGGGGUUGUACGAAGAGGUAAAUGGCGUGGUUCUAUAGACGUUGCUGUUAAAAUGAUGAAAGAAGGUACUAUGUCUGAGGAUGACUUUAUAGAAGAAGCUAAAGUGAUGACGAAACUCCAACAUCAAAACUUGGUGCAGUUAUAUGGUGUUUGCAGUAAAGAUAGGCCAAUAUACAUUGUCACUGAAUAUAUGCGACACGGGUCUCUACUAAAUUACCUCCGUCGUCAUGAAGCAACAUUAGGAGCUAAUGUUGGCCUACUUCUAGACAUGUGCAUACAGGUUUGCAAAGGAAUGGCUUAUUUGGAAAGGCACAACUAUAUCCACAGAGAUCUUGCUGCACGAAACUGUUUAGUCGGUUCAGAGAACGUAGUUAAAGUUGCCGACUUUGGAUUGGCAAGGUAUGUUCUCGAUGAUCAAUACACCAGCAGUGGAGGUACGAAAUUUCCUAUCAAAUGGGCACCACCUGAAGUAUUGAACUAUACACGGUUCAGCUCAAAAUCGGAUGUUUGGGCAUACGGAGUACUUAUGUGGGAAGUAUUCACGUGCGGCAAAAUGCCUUAUGGGCGUCUAAAGAAUACCGAAGUUGUUGAAAGAGUACAACGAGGAAUCAUAUUAGAAAGACCCAAGGCCUGCUUCAAAGAAGUUUACGAGGUAAUGCGAAAAUGCUGGGCCCAUUGCCCGGAAGUACGACCGUCCUUCCGCGUAUUGAAAGAACAGCUGAUCAGCGUGUCUCAAGGUCUGCUCAAUGAUUGACUCAACCUUCUACGGUGUAUGCGCCUAUCGUCGCCUUCAAGCCGGUCAAUACAGGCGGCAAAAUCUCCAUCGCUCGAGCGAUCACCCUCGAUUCUACCAUCGUCAAACAACUCUUCAUCGUCGUACAACUCGGCAACUUUACCGUCGUCCCGUAAGACUCGUGCGCCAGCCUCAUUACCGCCCUCGGUCGAUUUUCUACAUCUAUCGUCGUCGUCCACGUGUAAAUUAAAGAAAGAAGGGUCAUCCUCACCGAGUACACCUGGCCACCAACCUAGUCAACCAUCAUCAAGCUCGUCGUCUAACGUCUGUGACAUUUGCAGUUCCUACGGCCAUCCGUGGAUCGAAAUUUGCAAGGCGAUUAGAGCCACUAAAGGCAAAUAAAAAAGUGUGUGUGUCCCGAAGUAUGUGUGUCGAUUUAAACCGAUUAUAUAACGCAGCUUACACGACAGAAAGAUAACAAAAAUAUUGAUACGACAUUAUUUCAGCCUACACAGCACUGCAUUUUAUCCUAUCCUAUCCUACCCUACCCUACCCUACCCUACUCUACAUUGCUCCCACCCCGACCAUCUUUGACCAAACUAUUCGAAACCUCACUAAUUUUGUCCAACCUAAACAACUGAGUGCAUGAUUGUUUUUUGUAUCCCUUUCUGAUCCCUUCCUAAUCCCAACCUAAUCCAAACCUAAUCCAAACCUAAUCUCAACGAUAAUAAGUUUCAGAGUACCCUGUGCAACAAUAUCGGAUGCAUUUACGAAUAGAACAGUAGUAUUUAUUGACUGCCCUUUUAAACGGGAUAUACUAGUACGUUGUGAUUUUUCUCGUUUUUAUUUUUCAUCUCGUUUCCGUAGAAAUGUAUUGUAUUGUCCCUUUUGUUAUAUCGACUUUUUAACGAAAACCGUCAAGUAACUUCACGAACGAGAACAAGAUUAUUUCUGCUUUAUAAAAUCAAUUUAAUAAAUGAAUGUUUCACUUGUGUAUUAUAUACUAUGACGAUUUAAUAAAAUAGAAUAAAUAAA